CUUUGACUGCCUAAAUGAUGUGCCCGCUUGCCUGUCAGUAUGUAUAGCCACUUUUAGCUAUUAUGUUUGAAACACACACGUAUUGUUAUGUAUUCCCAGUCAUUAAACCAUAUGUAAAUAAUGAAAUGUAACUCGUAAUAAUUGCUUGUCUUCCAGAAACUACACGCUAAUGCAAUUUUAUAAUCAGGCAAACGCAUAGGCAGUUAUUUCUUCGUGCAACCGCGAUAGAGGAUAAACUUGUUGAUGUUGAGUUGGCAGUUUGGCUUUCGCGUUAAUUACUUUUGCUGUCUUAUCUGGUUUCUUGUCAGAGCUGAUUUCACCUGCGCUGUAUACUUUUUUUAGAUUUAAGCGUAUUAACACAUAGUUUAAAGCCAACUGGUUUACAGACGGUGUCGUUUUAUGCUUAUGCGGACGCCACGCAGCGGUGCAGCAGCAGCAAUUAGGGUUCACCAAAGACGCUGGGUUUACCUCAGUCCUGGUAAGUCCGCGAGCUGAUACAUCGCGGGCUGCACUCCCAUCAACUUUUACCUGUUUUUUUGGAUUUUCAUCAAACGCGCUGGAGAGACGAAUGUGGCUGUUGUCAUGACACUGAGGAGGGUAAACGUGGUCAUCCUUGUGCUGCUGGCUGUAGCCUUCCUGAUCAUUGUUCAACGAAAUCUCCUCAACCUCAGUGACUUUUUACACAAGGAAAACCCAGAUGCAGGGGUGAUUCUACCUUUUGAGGCCGAGUUCUCUCCAGACAUCAGACUACAGACGCUGAGGAAAGGAGAGGAGAUCCCUGUCCUCAUCACCGCCGCUGAGGAGAGACUCGGUGCUGUAAUUGCUGCCAUGAACAGCAUCUACCAGAACAGUAAAGCCAAUGUUGUCUUCACCAUUGUGACCUUGAAUGACACAGUGGACCACCUGAAAGUGUGGCUGAGUAAUACAAAGCUAAAAAAUGUCAAAUACAAGAUAGUUAUUUUCAAGCCUGAGCUCCUCAAUGGGAAGAUAUCCAAAGAUCCUCAGAUGCUUGAGGUUGCAAAACCGUUGACUUUUGCAAGGUUUUAUUUGCCUGCAUACAUACCCGAGGCAGAGAAAGCCAUCUAUUUGGAUGAUGAUAUCAUUAUACAAGGGGACAUUCAGGAGCUUUAUGAAACCAACCUCAAGCCAGGACAUGCAGCUGCCUUCUCAGAUGACUGUGAUUCAGCUUCUGCUAAGGGUAUCGUUCGAGGAGCUGGAAAUCAGAAUAACUACAUAGGUUUCCUGGACUUCAAGAAGGUGGCGAUCAAGAAGCUGGGUAUGAGGGCCAAUACAUGCUCCUUCAACCCCGGGGUCAUCAUCGCCAACCUGACUGAGUGGAGGAACCAGAACAUCACCGGGCGGCUGGAGCACUGGAUGGAGCUUAACAUGCAGGAGGAUUUGUACAGUAAAACACUGGCAGAAAGUAUCACCACUCCUCCUCUCCUCAUUGUUUUCUACAAACGUCAUUCCACCAUCGACCCCAUGUGGCAUGUCAGGCACCUCGGCAAUACCGGUGCUGGAAACCGCUACUCCCCACAGUUUGUAAAAGCUGCCAAACUCCUCCACUGGAAUGGACACUACAAGCCCUGGGGGAGAGCAUCCUCUUUUUCUGAUGUGUGGGACAAGUGGUUCAUUCCAGACCCCACAGGAAAAUUUCAUCCUGUGCGAAGACACACAGGGGACAACUAAACCGAAAAAUGGAUUUUCAGGAAGCAUUCUUGACCAGCCAAGCCAGCCCUGUCCCAGCAGGACCACGCCUCAUGAUAUCUCAGGAACUAAGUCAGGCCUUUUCACUUGCCAGCCCCCUGUGUAAGAAUACUGCGCCACCAUUCUCUGAACACGUAAACCUGUGUAGUCUCAUUUUCCCUUGAACACGAAGAAUUGACCUCUUUUUUUUUUUUAUAUACACCUUGUCGCUCUUGAGAUUGCUUUGAUUCACAUUUCUCGAAAACAUCUGAUUGAAAAACUGUUGACACCGGACAGUUUUGCUUAAAAGGAGCAGACUGUCUUCUCUGUCCAGUGUUUCAUCCUGAUCAUCAUCAGCGAGGUGUGGCAUCUGAACGGUAUGACCUUAAUGACCUUAAUAGAAAUGUAUGCAUCAGUCCCAGUCAGCAGUCAUGUGAUACUUUAACAGUAUGCCAAGAUUACCAUGUACAACUUACGCAAUCAUUGCCAAAGUCAUUGUGACUUAAGUAGGUAUGUUUACAUGCAACUGAAUGAUUCCUUUAUUUGAAUACUAAAUGGUUUUAUACAGUUACCUCAGAUAUAAUGGUGUAGAACAGCUGCCCCACAGUUUAUAACUGCCAUGAAAAGGCUCAAGAUUUUUCAGUCUGAAUUAUAAUCCUAUUAGCCAUGCAAAUGCAUCAUGUUGUUACCUCAAUUCAGUACUUCCUGUGGAAAAGUAAUGAACUUUUUUAUUUUCGAUUGCACAUAAGAUUUUUUUUAAUCAGACCCUAGUUUUAACAUAUUUUAACAGUGGUCUGUGCUCACUUCAGCAUUUCCAACAGUUAGGCAAAAAUGCUUUUGAAAUUUUUCUCACUUUAAAAACCCAGUACUCUAAAUGAUGCCUAUUAAUAUAAAUCAUUAAAUGCAGUCAGGUUAAUGGUGCCCCAGCUAUUGAUAGCUAUGCCAUAAAUGAACACUAUUUUAAUAUUGUACUGCCUCCCAUGCUGUUACAGGGUGGUUGUGUAUGACUUUAUAUGCAAACUGCACCUCAGCACAAGAACAUAACAUUUGCACAAAAUUCUCAUGCUUUAUCCCUUCACUGUCAGGACUUUAAAAUGCAUUCACCUUGCUGGUGUAAAUACUUUUGUUAUGUACGUGAAAUAAAGCUUACAUUUUUAUCAUUUAAA